UAAACAAAAAGUAGAAUCGGAAGAAAUCUCGCGAAAAUAUUUGAUAUUAUUGCAAAAAUGCUCGCCACUGGCGACUCAGCUACUUCGGAGGAUGAACCAACAUACUACAUUGAUGAGGAUUAUCAAACAGAUAUAAUGAUCUCCAGUGAACCAACCUACCCGGCAUCGGUUCUCGCCUCGCGGAAACGCUUCUGCCGGGUUUGUCUGAAAAAAUCGGAAAGCUUUCUGCUUCCGCUGGUGGCACAAAUGGAACACAUCACUGUGAUGGAAAUGCUACUGAUGGUGACCGGAGUGGAGCUGGAGGCAAAUCCACUGUUUCCCACGAAGAUCUGCACCAACUGUAUGACCAAGCUGGAUUUCGCCUAUAAUGUACGGCAGGAGUUUCUAAACAGCUCGGAGCUGCUGCUCAAGAUGGCUGUAGAGAAUAAGCUUGCCGGAUACUACGCUCAGUUUGGGAGUGACAAUGAUCGCGGGACCUAUGUGGAUGAGCUACUGAAGGAUAGCAGGAAUGUGCUGGAAACGAAAAUGGAUUUUUCCGGGAAGGAAGAGGUGAUGGAAGUUGCAAAUUUGCCAGAGGAGAUUGAGGAAGUGGAGGAAAAGGUGGAUAUAGUAGAAUUUGAGCAGUUUGAAUGCCUUGACGAAGAAUUGGAAGAACCAACGAUGGAUGAUCAGAAUCAGGAUGUAAGUGAGCCAACCGAAGUGAAGACUGAACAAUUUGUUUACUCGUGGAAGGACCUAGUCAAACCAAAGCGCAAGAAGAAGGAGCGACCUAAAACUGCUUUAAGCGGAAUAAAUCGGAAGGCGAAGGCAGAUGCCCAACUGUUGGCACAGUUUCCCCAAACGACGUGCUAUAUCUGUGAUACGGCGCAUCAAAGUCUGGAAGAGCGGGACGAGCAUUUAAACGCCCACAUCAGCAUGGUUCCGCAUCGUUGCGAGACAUGCAGCACCGACAAUGAGCCCGUCGUUUCUAAAAGUGUGAUUACGCUGAACCGUCACCGGUUGAUGCAUCGAUUGCCGUACAAAUGCACCAUGUGUUUCCGGCGAUUCAUUUCCAGCGGAAGCCAGUACACUCACAUUUGGAGUAUGCACAUGGCCAAUACGGAGGGACUGACGUGCGAUUAUUGUGGUAAAAGUUUCAACCAGAAGCGAUCGUUCCAGGCUCACGUUCGACGCCACAAGUACAAAGCGAACGGCAAGUAUCGAUGUGAUGUUUGUGAAGAAACGUGUGGUUCCAGCUUGCUGCUGGCGCGUCACAAACGGAAGCAUACGGGUGAGAAGAAUUUCUCCUGUCCGUACUGCUCGAAACGUUUCAGCAGGGCUUGCAAUCUGUUAACGCACAAGAGAAUCCACACGAACGAACGGUGCCAUCGAUGCGAGGAUUGUGGGAGGAGUUUUCGGGACAGUGUGACGCUGAGGAAGCACCAGGAACGGUUCCAUAUGGGACGGACGCCGGCGUUGAAGGUGGAUCGGAAUCCGUUUAUAAUAACACAGGAUGGACGGAAGAUGUUCCAGUGCAAAUAUGAAGGAUGCAAGUACGAGACCUACAGCAGCACGUCGAUAUCUCGUCACAAGGCCCGGCAUCUGAAACGGUACGCGUGCGGAGAUUGUGGGAAGCGCUUUGCCGAGCCGAAUCUGGUUCGAAGACAUCAGGCUUCGAUGCAUAGCGGGAGAAAGAAGGAGGAAGGCCCAGGACAGGUGCAGACGGAGGAGGAUGCGGUGGAAAUUGAAGAAUGUGCUGAGGAAGAUGGGCAAUCAGAGCCGGAAUAUGAAAUCGAGGUAGUGGAUGACAUCGGAAAGAAAUUUGAGUAUGAAGUAACAAAGGUUGAAGUGGAUUAGAUACCUUUCUUCCUUAACACAGACACAUCAGAAUCAAGUAAAUAAACCAAGAC